CCCCCCCCCGUGCCCGCCAUCAUACAUCCUGAUCCUGUCCCAGUCGGAAAGUUUCACCAUCUGCCAUUUUGGCUUCGCUUCUUGACAAGAUCAGCCCACCAGCUUCUUCAUCAUUUUACCUCCCUCUCCACCCCCACCAGAGCAUCCCAAUGAUUGAUUCUCCCCAGCUCUUUUCCAGUACCCAGUAGCAUCCAGAGCUCCCUUUCCAUGGCAGAGACCAGUACCAGCAACAGGAGCAACGCCCCCUCGAGUGAUGGAUCUCCCAUCAGCAAUUUAGCCCCAGACCAUCUUUUCUCAAUCUUGCUCCUCCUACCUGUUGAUUCAAUCGUUUCUUUCUCCAUGACUUGCAAAAAGUUCAGAACUUUAGCAUGCUCUGAUGCUCUCUGGGAGUCCAUAUGCAGGAGAGAGUGGGGACCCACCUCAGUGGAUGCCCUCAAACCCUCGGAUUAUCGGGAGGGUGGGCUUCCAUGGAUGAAGUUGUACAACCGCGUGCUUCAUCUUGAGUCCGUCGCGUGUCAUAAUCUUUCGGAGAUGGGUGGUGGUGAGAUGCUGUUGCCCAGCCCAAGGGCCUCUCACACUCUCAACUUUGUGUCUGAUUGCUUGGUUUUGUUUGGCGGUGGCUGUGAGGGAGGACGUCAUCUUGAUGACACUUGGGUGGCAUAUAUUGGAAAAGAUUUUAGGAGGAGGUUGAAAUGGCAGAGGGUGAAUUCAGGCUCCCCAAGUGGAAGAUUUGGGCAUACGUGUGUGGUGAUAGGUGAUUUCCUUGUUCUGUUUGGAGGAAUCAAUGACCUUGGGAACCGCCAAAAUGAUACGUGGGUAGGGAAAGUCGCAUUACACGAGACUCUGGGCAUCACGUUAUUGUGGAGGCUACUUGAUGUGGGUUCAGUCGUACCGCCUGCCCGCGGAGCACACGCUGCAUGUUGCAUCGAUGACCGGAAGAUGGUUGUCCACGGAGGAAUAGAGUUGUAUGGCCUUCGAUUAGGAGACACAUGGGUAUUGGAACUGUCUGAAAACUUCUGUUUAGGAAGAUGGCAUGAGGUUGUGACUCACCCAUCACCUCCUGCUUGUUCGGGUCAUUCACUGACUUGCAUCGGGGGAAGCCGAACAGUGUUGUUUGGAGGGAGAGGAUUGGGCUACGAGGUGCUUAACGACGUGUGGCUUUUGGAUUUGUCCGAGGGCAAUGGGACGUGGGUGCAAUUGUUCUACGAGUUAAGUGAUAUACCUGAAGGCGUUUGCCUUCCAAGAGUUGGCCACUCGGCUAACCUUGUCUUAGGAGGUCGCCUGCUAAUUCAUGGGGGCGAGGAUUCAUACAGACACCGGAAAAAUGACUUUUGGGUGUUGGACAUUAAAGCAAUUGCAUCUUCCGUCAGAUUCCAGCCAAUUCAAGCGAACUCGUGGAAAAGAUUGAACUCCAAAGGUUACAAACCCAAUGGUAGAUCAUUCCAUCGAGCUUGUGCUGAUCAUUCUGGAAGAUACCUGUAUAUAUAUGGGGGGAUGGUGGAUGGCUUGAUUCAGCCCGCGGAAUCACCCGGCCUCAGGUUUGAUGGGGAGCUCUUCCUGGCUGAACUAAUGCUUCAGCUCUGAAGUCCAGUAGAUAGGUGCGGUUUAUCAUUUGUCUUAGUCGUUACCUGGUCCUGUAUGUACCGCCGACUCUAUGAUUAAAUGAUAUCCAUGCAUCUAAUUAAAGGAA